UUUAAAGGUUAUACAUUAUGUGUCUUAUUAAAAGUCUUGUGCAGAAAUCUAAGAACGCUCUCUAUCUCUCUCAAACACGAUUUGCUUCUAAUUCCCAAUCUAACCAGGUGUUCACUAAACUAUUAACUUGCGACGACGAUGUAUGCUCUUCGUCUAAGGUCUCCUCAUUCCAAUCCCAGGAUUUUUGUGCGACCACUUAAUCCUCUGAUGACAUAUGUCAUUGUGCCAAGACGAUUUCAUGAUUCUGUUGGACAUGAAAUCAACGAUGUUGUCCAGAUUCGAGACCCUAUUGGUAACACCUUCAACUUUUCAUACUACUACAAUUUAGGCGACUUCAGGCUUGGUGCUGGAUUUACGGCCCUACGUGCAAUACACCAUAUUGAAAUAACUGUUUUCAUUCAUUUCAUAUAUCGUCGUUACUCAACAUUUUGCAUCCACAUUUACGACCCCGUGGGUCGGGAGGUCUCAUACAACAUUGCCCCAGAACUAGGACCUCCACUGAAUCCUAAUGUUGUUGGUGUUCAAGACAAUAAUGCUAUUGAUUUAUCCAGUGAUGAUGAGUCUGAUGACGAACUUGAUCAAGCUCCAUGGAUGGAAAAGAUCUGGGAAGCUAAUAUCACAGAUGCACAUAUACUUGGACAUCAAACAAUGACAAUUUCAAGCCGUGUCCAACAAACUUUUUUUCCUAAUUUGCCUCCUGUCAUAACUGUUAUUCUCCCUGAUGGCAACAAUGCACAGUGGCACAUUACAUGGCGUGUUGCAUGUAAUUCAAUUGAAGGUUCAUCUGGAAGUCGCGGGAGGGUAGGUUAUUUGGCUGCUGGUUGGUGUGACUUCUAUAGGAGUGAGUUUAGACGCCUUCGAAAUUCUGGUCAAGUUCAUAGGAUUGAGUUGUGGGAACUAUCUGAUUCCGAUAGCUACAUGGUUCAAGUCUUUACGAUGUAAUCUGUUUAAUGCUCUCAAAUUUUAUAAGCACUAUCUCAUUAGUAUGUACUUUUCUGUUGUGGACUUUUUCCAUAUUUAGUUGACUGUCAUCUUUGUUGUUGUUUGAAUGACUAUGCUGGAUUCCUAAUUAAUUGUUUGUUGUCAAUUAUAUGGUUUCCACCCUAUGUAAGCAUUCAUGGUUAAAGACUGUAAUCUAUGUUUCGAAUGAGUUAAUAUGGGUGACCUCUAAUGUUUCAAGAUUAAUUUGAAACUUUAGAGAUUGUUUAACAAUUAUAUGGAACAGGAAUUGUGCUCCUCUGUUGG